CACCCAGCGCAUCGCCUCCACUUUGCAACUUGCGGCCUUGACUCGAUCGACCCCCCUACCGACGCUCCCCUCGACCACCACCCAUCUCGUCCACGACCUUGCGUUUGAUAUGCCCCACCCCACGCCGUCGUUCCAGCCCGCCGCCACCGACCGCACGUGCAAAUACGUGUACAAAACGUGCAGCAACCUGCGCACGUUCAAACGGGACGGGUCGCUCCACCGCCUCUGCGAGUACCAUCGUGCCAAGGCGAACGCCCUGCAAAAGGUGUACGCGACCAAGCGGCGGUGUGAGCUCCGCGCCGCGAAACGCCACCACGCGAUGAAGACGAAAAUCGCCGUGUCCGCCGCCGUCCACCCGCCCGUGGCCCAAGUCCCUCGCGACUUGUCCAUGCCAUCACAUCCGUCCACCGUGACGCUUGCGUCGUCGGCCACCGUCCCGCUCUCUCAGCACUUGGAAUUGGCGUUCUUGAUGGAUCUCGAACCUCUCGACGCCGCGGUCACCGACGUCGACUCGCUCUCGGACGAAGAAUACGCGUACCUCCAAGCUGUGCUGUGAGCGUCAUCGGGCCGUCGGACGAUCGACACCCGUGCGACCUUUUCUAUUUAUUCUCGACCUUUUUUAAACUCGGAAUUCCCACCUCGAGUGCCUUUGACAUCUCUCGUUCGGACCAUGCUUCUUCACACCAUGUCGAGUCCAGCGCAUGUCUACCGCGUAUCUCGCGGUGCCAACGUGCGCGGCGCAAGGUGGCGGGCGCAUGACCAGGAUAUCGAUCCGCCGCCAUGUCCGACCGACUCGAUCGGGUUGUUGAGACGUGCACGGUCGGUGGCCAUGACAAGGAAUGCACACGCAUGUCUAAAUACAACGC